AUGACUAAGAUUGUAAUAGUAGGAUCUGGUAUAAUUGGAUUAUAUACAGCUUUUACAUUAAUAGAGAAUGGAACUUCACCAAAUGAUAUAUCAAUAAUUGCUGAAUAUUUACCAGGUGAUGAAUCAAUUAAAUUUACAUCUCCUUAUGCUGGUGGUAAUUUUUCAUGUAUUACAGGAGAUGAUAAAGAAACAUUAGAAUUUGAUAAAUAUACUUAUUUAAAUUUAAAUAAAGUUCAAUCAGCCAUGGGGAAAAUUAAUGGAUUAGAUCGUUAUAAAUCUACUGAAUAUUGGGAUGAAAAACCAAGUGAUGAAAAAUUAAAUUCUUUAAAAAGUUAUUUACAAGAAUUUGAAGAAAUUAAAGAACCACCUUUUGGCUCAGCUUAUGGAAUUACUUUCUUAUCUUGGAAUUUCAAUUGUCCAAAAUUUUUAUUAGCUUUUAAACAGUAUUUGGAGAAGCAAGGGAUAAGCUUUACCAAAAAAAAAUUAACUCACAUAGUACAAGCAUAUUCUGGGGACACCAAAAUUGUUUUCAAUUGUACAGGUAUUGGAGCUAAAGCUUUAGUUGAUGAUAAAAAUGUUUAUCCAGGAAGAGGACAAGUUGUUGUUAUAAAAGCGCCACAUAUUCAAGAAAAUGUUUUAAGUUGGGGAAAUAGAGAACCUACAUAUAUUAUCAAGAGACCAUUCUCUCAUGAUCAAUUAAUAUUAGGUGGAUACUAUCAAAAAGAUGAUUGGAACCCAGAUUCGUUAAAGGAAUAUACUGAUAGUAUAUUAAAACGAACAACCACGUUAUUCCCCAAAAUCUUAUCAGAAAACCCUCAUGGUAAUGAAAUAAAAGAUCUUGAAAUUUUAAGAGUUGCUGUUGGAUUGAGACCUGGCAGAAAUGGUGGUGUAAGAAUUGAAAAAGAAUUUUUUGAUGAAGGAAAAAUUCUUAUACAUAAUUAUGGAGCUAGUGGUUAUGGAUAUCAAGCUGGACUAGAAAGACUUCGAAAGAAUCAACGUGCAUUAGAAAAGACUCAAAGAGAAUUAACAAGAGAAGUUACCAAAUUACAACAACAAGAAAAGAAAUUAAUUAGUGAUAUUAAAAAAUCUGCAAAGCAAGGACAAAUAUCAAGUGCCAAAAUACAAGCAAAAGAUCUUAUAAGAACUAAAUCAUAUAUUAAUAAAUUCAAUUCUAUGAAAGCUCAACUACAAGCUAUAUCUUUACGAGUACAAUCGGUAAGGUCAAAUCAACAAAUGGCAAUGUCAAUGAGAGAUGCAACAAGAGUAUUAUCAGGAAUGAAUAGAUCAAUGAAUUUACCACAAUUAUCAAGAAUAGCUCAAGAAUUUGCAAAAGAAAAUGAUUUAAUGGAUCAAAAACAAGAAUUUAUGGAUGAUGCAAUUGAUGAUGCAAUGGCAAUGGAUGAAGAUGAAUUAGGAGAAGAAGAACAAAUUGAUGAAAUUUUAGGUAAAGUACUUGAUGAAAUUGGAGUUGAUUUAAAUACAAAUUUAAAAGAUACACCGAGUGGAAUUACAACAAAUGAACAAGAAGAAAAAUUACCACAAGCUAUAGGAGAAGAUGAUUUACAAGCAAGAUUAGAUAGUUUAAAAAAAUAA